AUGGAUAGUGACAAUAAUAAACGUUUCAAUUUUGAACAACUUUCACAAGGGUAGCUCAAAGGACGGCUUUAUAAAAACAUUAAUCGUUAUGAUCCUAAUGAACGAAAACUCACUUAAUAGCUCUCGGUAAUCUCCUUGCCUUCUUUGGUGCCUAAGGUUUCUAAGUAAAGAUUAGAGCCCACAACCUAAACUCACUCAGCCUUAGGGGAACCAUACAGAAUGGCAAAUUUUUCUUUGAUCGCUGAGGACAUCAAUCUACAAAAAGUAAAUGAUGAUUUAAUAAAUAAAGACCUUAGAAGUGACAUUCUAAUACAAGAUCAGCUCAAGAAACCCAAGAAUUUAUCGCCACUUGGUCAUAGAUUAUUAAGCGAUCACGGAAUGAGCAUUUUAGAGGAUGUACAAAACCCUAAUUCGACCAUUAAUGAUUCUAUCAUCGGAUUGCUGUAACAACCUGAAAAAAAGAAGGAGACCCAGAUGAUUAAGAAGGCACUCAGAAAACCUAAGAAGAAACAGCAAUAGUAAUCCUACUUGUCACCUAUGGAUUUUAUUUAUUUGAUAAGAACUGAUCCAGAAAUGGCAGAUGAGUUCUGUUAUUUAAAUAAAAGAGAUCAUGCCUAUGAUUAUUAAAUAGUGGAAUUCGAAGAUAGAAACCCAAAGGAAUACAUGACUAUUAGUGCAAGGGGAAUCACAUAUUUCCAAAAUGAUGAGAUUACAUUUUUAACAAUUGAAGAGUGGCAAAGAGAAGCUAAAUUAUAUUAAGAUCUUUAGAAAAUAGAUUUUUUUAGAAAAUACAAAUUAUGGAAGAACUUCUUCUUGUGGAAGAGAUUAAUGAGGAAGAACAUUCUUGCCAAAAACCAGGAUCUAAUGAUUUCUAACAUGUUCUCAACUGACAAACAAUUAAGAAUCACAUUAUUAGAAGUUCGUAGGAUAUGUUAAUAAAUGGCAUAAGACAUAAGAUUCUUAGAUACUUCAACUACAGUUCCUUAGACCCAUGAAAAUUUUAAAUAGUUGUAAGAUAAACACUUAAUGUCAAUCAUGGAUAUCAAAUUUGAUGCAUAUGAACAAUAGAUUAAAUAAAUAAUAGUAGAAUGCUGUUAGAAAUCGUUAGUCAAUUUUAAGGAAAUUCAUCGUAUUCCACUUCAUGAAGAUGAUAAUGAAGAGAGAGCACCAUUAUUAGUUGGAGAUGAAUCAGGAAAAGACAUGCCAUACACAACUGAAGCCACAAUAAGAACUCAUUAUAAAAGAUUAAGAAAGUUUGUGAAAUAUGUGGAUUACAUUAUCAUAGAUGCUAAAUUAUAGAUGAUGCAAAAUUCAGUGGAACACAUUGUUAAAUAGAUUCGUGAUUUCAACGAAUAAUAUAAGGAGAGUUCAGGAGUGAAAAGGAAAGGAUAUUAUGGUAAAGGCUAACCCUAAUGUUGGAUCAUUAUUGAGGCAGUUGGAAAAUAGGAAGAUAUCGUUUUUAAUCCAGUUAGAGAAUAAUUAUUCAGAAUAUUUGAAAGUGUUGUUACCAAUAGUGUUAUUCGUAUCACAACCAGACAUAGAGAAAUGCUGUCUAUGCCAGAAUUAUAAUAGUAUAUUCAAGAUGAAAGCAAUCAACAAUCAGAAAAAGUGGAUGUCAAGGCAAUUAUAAAUGGAAGCGAGAAUUUCCAAAUUUUAUGUGGCCAAAUGAGGAAAGAAUUGGAGAUUGCAUUUGAUUAUUUAGAACAAUAUGCUGAAAAAUUGAAACCAUUCAUGAAAUGGUAUGUUGAGAAUACAGGAGUCAAUAUUGAAAAGUAGUUUGCUGAUAAGGAAGUUGAAGAAUAUAGAAAUGCCAUUAAUUAGUAUAAGGAUCAAGAUCAAUAAUUUUAAGAUAUAGAACCUACAUAAGAGAUUGGUAUGAUAUUAUUUGAUAAUCAAAAAUUGAAAGCCAAGAUUAAAUCCAGUGCUAUGAAUUGCAUUUAGGAAUUAUAGAAAUUUAUCCCUGAAUAUAUUUACAAGAAAGCAGUAAUCUUUACACAAAAAACAGCAUAGUUAUAUUCAACCAUAGCAAUAUCACCAAUCACUGUGGAACAAUUUGUCAAUUAUAUGGAGGCAGUGAAUGUCAUUAACAAUCAAUUUGAAGAUUUAAGCAAUGUAUCAUAAGAAGUCACAGCUAUGGCUUUGCUAAUGGAUGAAUUGCGUAUUAAAAUUUAGGAUAAACACAAAUAAAAAUUUGCAGAAUGCAAUCAAUAAGUUAGUCAACUUCGUAAAAAAGUGGAUGAUGCCAUGGCUAAUUAUGAUUAAAACUUAAAUAAAUUUAGAAAAGAUAUGGAGAGAAUGAUUCCAUAGGUAGACAGUACAGUUAAAGAUUUGAAUGAAAGAGUUUCAGAAUAACCUUUGAGUUCUUUAGCAGCAGAUUUGAGUGACAUGGUUACAUUCGUUUAAGGAGUAAGAAAACAAGUGGAUGAAUUAAAAGUUCAUGCAAAAAAGUUGAAUGAUUAUUAGAUAGCAUUAAAUAUGGAAUAUACACCAUUUGAGAAAUUGGAAACAUUCAAUGGUGAAUUCACUUUAUUAGAGAGACUUUGGUGUGGAAGAAAUGAAUGGAUUUCAAAUUAUUCAGUUUGGUUAAAAUAACAUUAUACAGAUAUCAAUUUAGAUGAUAUGAACAAUCUAAUGGAAAAAUUAUAGAAGGCAGCAAAUUUAUGUGCCAAAGAGUUAGAUAAAAAUGAAGUAGCAAGAGUAUUUAAGUCAGACAUUGAAGGUUUCAGAGGAGUCUAUUAGGUUCUAUAAGCACUUAAAGAUCCUGCAAUUUCAGAGAAGUAAUGGAAUCAGAUAAGAGCACUGAUACUUGAAAGUUAAUAGUUAUUCAAGGAACCUAUUCUAGAACCAUUCACACCAAUAAAUGAUCCAAAAUACAAUGUUUUAUGGAUUACUCAAGCUGGGUUAGAUUAAGUAAAAGAUAAGUUAAGUGAAAUUGCAUUAAGAGCAGCAAAAGAAAUAGAAUUAGUUAAAAUGCUAGAAUAGGUUGAAUCUAUCUGGAGAUCAGCUGUUAUUACUGUGCAACCAUAUAGAGAAUCAAAAGACGUUUUUAUUCUAGGAAAUAAUGAAGAUUUGAUUUCUAAAAUUGAUGACACUUUAUUGACCGUCAAUAAUAUUCUAGCAUCAAGAUUUGUAGAAGGCAUUAGAUCUGAUGUAGAAAGACAACAAUAAUUAUUAAGAUACUUCUAGGAGUUAUUUGAUGAGUGGAUGUUACAUCAAAGAAAUUGGUUAUAUUUGGAACCUAUUUUGAAUUCACCAUAUAGUGCUAAGAAUUUGGCUAAGGAAUCCAAGAUUUUCUAAUAAGCUGAUACUCAAUGGAAAAAAUUAAUGAGAAAUGCUAGGGAUAGCAGUAUUGCUAGAAAAUGGGCAGAUGAUUAUUAAAAUAGAUUGUAUUUCAAUCAAUUGAGAUAAAAUAACAACAAUUUUGAUGUUAUUUAAAAGGCUUUAGAUGAAUUCUUAGAAAAGAAAAGAGAUGUGUUUUAGAGAUUUUACUUUUUAUCAAAUGAUGAACUUUUAGAAAUAUUGUCAAAUGCAAAAAAUAUUUAAGCCAUUUAACCAUAUUUAAGAAAGUGCUUUGAAAAUUUAGUCAAAAUUUAAUUCGAUUCUUAAGAAAAUGCUAUUGGAAUGAUAUCUGCUGAAGGGGAAAUUGCAGUACUCAAAGGAUAUUCAGCAAGAGGGGAGGUGGAAGAUUGGUUAAAAGCUCUAGAAGACAAAAUGAAAUCUUCUCUUAGUGGAGUCAUGAGAUAGUCUUUAAUUAAAUAUUAAUUAGAGGAUACAUAAAGAAAAGAUUGGGUAUUUGAAUUCCCACUUUAAAUCAUUAUUACUAUUGAUUCUAUAUUUUGGACUAAAAUAACAGAAGAAAAUUAUUUAUAAGCAGAUGCAGAAGGAGAUUUGGAUGAUUGGUAUGAUGCUAAUGUAGCAAUGCUUGAUGAAUUGACAUUAUUAAUCAGAGGAAAUCUUACCGAAUUAUAAAGAAGAACUCUUGUGGCUUUGGUCACUUAAGAUGUCCAUUUCAGAGAUAUUGUGGAUAACAUGAGAAAUGAAUCUGUGGAAGGUAUCAUGGAUUUCAAAUGGUAAUAAUAAUUGAGAUUUUAUCAUGAUGAGGAAAGCGUGCAUGCGAAAUAAGUGAAUGCUAAAUUAAUGUAUGGUUACGAGUUUUUGGGAUCAACUACAAGAUUGAUGUUGGAUGACUAUUACAGGAGCUUUGGGAAUCAAAUUAGGUGCAGCACCAUAAGGACCAGCAGGUACUGGGAAAACAGAAUCAUGCAAAGAUUUAGCCACGGCCCGAGGCAACGCCGGACAUGGAAGUAAUUGUGCUGA